CACGCGUCUGCUGCUACACAACGACACUCAAGCAAUGUCCUUGAUGCUGAGCCGAUUGGCUCUCUAAUGCUUUAAGCUAGCUCAUCAUUGACUGCCGGAUGUCUCACUUCCCGGUCUAUGGCGAAAGAACGAGCCCGCUGCCACUCAAGACAGACUUGCUCUCAUGGUGUCCUACCAUGGAUCUCCUCGCAUCAGUCACAGACACGGACGAGGUUCAUCUGCACAGACUCGAUGGUGUUCGUGUAUGGACGAGCUAUGUGUCUGAUCUGCGCGUCUCUUCAGCCAUCACAAGUAUAGCGUGGCGACCUGACGGUAAAGUCCUUGUGGUCGGCUGCAAUGAUGGAGCUAUCCGCUAUAUCGGUGUCAAUGAUGGGAAAUUGGUCAAUUCUGUCUCGAGCGAAAAGACAGAGCAAGGGAGAUCUGUUGUGUUUCUUGCUUGGCUCGAGAGCUCUUUGAAUGCUGGCAAUCAAGAGCCGACGGUGCCCCUGGAUAUCCGCAAAGAGUUACCACAUCUACCGCCACUGCUGAAUGCAAGUGCCGGUGAAGAUCACACAUUCACAGCGAAAAGCGCAGUUGAGUCGGUCAUUCAUGAUCUCGAGAAACGGACUGAUCGUAUUUCAUUUGUUGUUGUAUGCAACGAUGCAUUGCAACUCAAGCUUGUUCUUGGCGCACUAGAAAUUGAGGUGGCCACCGACAUUAAUCAAGAUGCCAAGCUCCUACAUUUCGCGAGUUCCGCGGAUCUGACCAUGCAUGCGUUGCUCUAUACUGAUUCCAGAGGAGUAUGGCUGAGCGUCUAUCACAUGACAGCUUUUCGACAAAUCAACCGUCAUUUGCGCGAGCUCGUCAAUACUUUCAAUGACUUUCACGCUGUUUCGCGAUAUCUGACAGAGUCCUUGUCGUGCUUACAGGAGGAAUGGGUCGUUGUCCAAGAUGCCAGAAAGGCUGCAUACGAUGGCGUUGUUGAUGGUGUUCAGGACACAGAUGGUGGUACGAGAGAAGAGAAGGAGAUGGUUGUCCGAUAUGCACUCUACACUCUGCUCAUCACGGGCAAGCCUGAUGCACUCAUGAGUUGGUGGUUUGAAGAGACUAUCAGCAUGCGCUUGGUCAAGCGUUGGGAGAAGACGUGCACUGCGUCGCUCAAGUCGAUGCGUAAUCUGGUCUUCGAAUCGUGUCUGCCAGCAUGUGAGCGACUCGUUGUCAUGCUGUCUAAUCUACGUGAUGUAUCAAGAGAAGGACACACACCGACAAAGCAACCACUUGGGUUUGACGAGAUCGACGACGCCAUUAAACAGGUGUCGUUCUUGAUGGCGCAAUUGCACAUGCUUUUACGUGACAUUGCUACGGAGUUGACGACGUUUUCGGCGUUUUGCAGCUGGCUGGGCUAUACAAUUGACCGGCUUUCGCCUGAUGACGAGUUCCCAGACAUGCCAAUGCCUGUUCCUAUUUCCAAGGUGGCUGAUUACAUCAAGCAGCAUUUCCCUCGGAGUCGCAUCGCUUCGUUCUUCGAUGUGGAAAGGUCGGAGCAAGCUUUGGUCAACGUUGUGCUUCCCGGUUUGCUUGAUCACGAGACACUCCAUGCGUCGCUCAAGUCGUCAGUUCAGCGCAUGAAUGCACUAUGCAAGUCGUUCUUUGUCAAACCCGCUGAAUUGCUGCGAGCGCAGUGGCGACAAUCAUCAAGAGUUCAGCUUUCUUCAAGUACCGGGGCGGCUAUUGGAAGACUGUUGUUCAAUAGGAGACCUGCGAGCAGGUGUGAUGCUGUGUGCUUCCUGGCACAGCAAUUGGCUACUGAGGAAGGAGCGACUCAAUUAUCGCUUGUUCGGACAACUGAGAAGAAUGAUCAGAUCUUCUACCAAGCAGGAAAAUUCGAGAUUCAGCUCGAUGGCCUGCCAACUCCUGCCAUUGAAGACAUGGUCGUCAAUGAGUCGGAAAUCCUGCUUCUUGCGAGCACUCAUGAUGACCCACGAAGCACGAUGCUACUUGCAGUGAAGCCUACAAGCCUAGAGCUGGGUGAAAUGGAGGCACAACCGACGUUCAAACACAGUGUGCGGCAGUUGAAGCCAACAGCAGUGCGCGUGCUCCCUGCCGGGCAGCAUGCUGUCAGUCUGAGUGCGAAUGGCCGCCGACGCAGGAGAACCGGGUGCUAUCUGCUUUCUGACCGGCAGCGAUUCACCAUAUUUGAGCUGGAUAAUGUACAGACAGAGACUGGUGAUACGGACAUGGUGGAAGCUGCAUAGCCACAGCCGUCCCUCAUGCCAUGGACUCGUCUCUGCGAUGGAAGCUGAACGAACAAAAAUGCCCAUCUGGAUCUCCACUGGUGCACGUGUCACUUCGAGGCGCGCUGUCAUCGACACUUUCAUGGAUCAGCA